CUCAGAAUCACAUGACCAUGCCACUCUAAUUCCCGUCGUUAUUGGUCUUCCCGCGCACCCGUAUCGCGGGGUAGAAUUCCACAUCCAACCUUUCAAGGCACGAUACUUGAUACUCCACACACCACCAUCCUCUCUACAUCGCAAGAUACCCCACGACUACAAUCAAGAUGUUCAAGAAAGAUAUCUCCCCCGGCUCGAAAUCAAAAGUCAAGUCCUCCAUCCAGCGAGCCCUCAGAACACAACUCGUAACCACGUACCCCCUCCUGGCACCACAUAUCGAUGAGAUAAUACCAAAGAAGGAGCAAUUAGAUGCCAUGAAGAUACCCGACCGCGUAACGCUGUACCUCAUCGGUCCCACCCCUCUUUUCUACCAACACAUGACCGACGCGCUCCUUCCGCACCUAAAACUGGUGCAUCGGUUCCCGACCUGCUUCCCCUCUAUACGCAUCGACCGCGGCGCGAUCCGCUUCGUGUUAUCCGGGGCGACGUUAAUGGCGCCUGGACUGACGUCGGCCGGGGGUCGGCUACCGAGCGGGAAUCCGGAAGAGCAGGGAGUUUAUGGCGAGGCGAAGGUUUCGGAGGGCGAGGAGCGCGAGGGCUGGUAUGGUGGGCGAGAAUUGGAGGCGGGCGAGCCGGUCGUGAUUUGUGCCGAGGGGAAGGAGGAGGCGUGUGCGGUGGGCUUAUUGGCCAUGGGUACGAAGGAGGUCAAGGAGAAGGGGAAGGGACCGGUGGUUGAGGAUGCGCAUUACUUGGGCGAUGGGCUUUGGAGGUUGGCUACAGAGUAAUUGGCGCGGGUCGCGGGGAUUUGGGAGGAGUGGUGGGUUAGAUACUUUAGAGCA